ACUAGUUGUGCAGAAAUUUGUGCUUGGAAUUCGAUUAACUAAACUACAUUUUCCUUACACUCCUUAUUGGUUCAUAUUAUUAUCCUUAUUCAUUUUAUUUGGAAAUAAAAUCGAUACCUUUAUAGAUACAAAUCUAUUUUGCAUUAAGAUAACUAAUACUAACCCAUUUUGCCCAGAACACUGAAACAGGGCGCACCAUAUUUUUAUUCUACAGUAAUAAUAAUAAUAACUACCAUGGCAACAAAAUAUAACAUGUCAAUUCAAUUAUUUUUACUUUUUGUCAAUAUAAUCGUAAUUCAUAUCUCUCAAUGUAGUGAAAAUGAUAAUUAUAAUUAUGAAUCUUUCAAACAUUUAAAAUAUCCAACUAUAAUGAAAGAUAUAGAAGAUGAUUGUGAAAAAUGUGAUCGUAAAAAAUGUCCACCUAUUAUACAAUGUAAUGUUGGUACAGUACGUGAUAAAUGUGGAUGUUGUGAUAUAUGUGCAUUAGAAGAAGCUCAAUUAUGUAAUAUACCUGAAGAUUUUAAAAAUGGUAUUUUAAAACAAGGAAUAACAUGGCAUGGAAUAUGUGGUACAGAUUUAGAAUGUCGUACACGUACAGAUAUUGACUCAAAAAUAAUUGGAUCGCAAAGUAUAUGUUAUUGUGUUAAACCAGGUAAAGUAUGCGGUUCUGAUGGUGUAACAUAUUCAAAGUGUAAAAUGAAUGCAACAAUUAUCUCAUCAAAUGGUAUAAUUAUUCCAAUUAGUGAAGGACCCUGUCAAACUGCACCUUCGGUCAAAUUAACUGUAUUAAAUCAAACUGUUAUUGAAGGUACAAAUGUUACAUUGAUUUGUGAAGCACGUGGUUAUCCGCUUCCAACCAUUAUUUGGUAUUUUAAUAAGCCAAAUCAAAAGCAGGAUAAAAUUCAAAUGCCAGGUAAUUACAAAGAUGUUACUGUUAGUGUUCGUGGUGGAACUGAAGAAACACAUACUAUAUCUUAUUUACAAAUAACAAAUUUCAUUUUAGAAUAUGAAGGUGAAUAUGUAUGUAUGGCUGAUAAUAUUGUUGGAAUUAAAGCACAAGGUACAUCAUUAGUUAGAAAUAGUAUUUCAUCAAUAUUUUCAUCUUCAUCAUUAAUUUCAUCUAAUGAAUUAUAUUUACAUAAUGAUGAUAAUGAUGAUAAUAAUCAAGCAAGACAUUAAUCUAAAUUGAAAUUGAGGAUAAAUAUUUUUUACAAGAAAAAAAAAAAGAAGGAUACCUAAACUAUUAUUUACACAAAUUAAGGGAUAUAACAAUAUUGAUUUAAUCUUAUUUAUAAACUAUAUUCUAGUUACCCAUCAACGGUUUAUCUGUUCCUUUAUGCAUGUUUAAUCAUUAAUUGUUUGUUAUUCAUUAAAACAAAACGAUUAGUUCACUUUUUUUUCUCUUUUUAAAUUGAUAUUGACAAACCGAACUCUAGUCAAAUAUAACUUUAAUUAUUGAUUGAAUAA